AUGCAUUUGCUUGCUCUGGCCACGGGCCUUGUCGGCAUUGCCAAUGCGGCUUGUCCUUAUAUGACAGGCGAAGCGGGUGAAUAUAAUCCACACGAGCUUCAUCGUCGCGCAGACGAUGGCGCUGCUCGCGAUACGGAAGAAUUUUUGUCGCAAUACUACCUCAAUGACAAAGAUGCCUUCCUGACCUCGGAUGUUGGCGGGCCAAUUGAGGAUCAAAACAGUCUGAGUGCAGGAGAGCGUGGCCCAACUCUGUUGGAGGACUUUAUAUUCCGCCAGAAGAUCCAGCACUUUGACCACGAGCGUGUCCCCGAACGUGCAGUCCACGCCCGCGGUGCCGGUGCCCAUGGUGUCUUCACCUCGUAUGCCGACUGGUCAAACAUCACAGCGGCAUCUUUCCUCUCGAAAAAAGAUAAAGAAACACCCAUGUUCGUGCGGUUCUCUACCGUCGCCGGUAGUCGAGGCAGUGCCGAUACAGCGCGCGAUGUGCACGGGUUCGCGACACGCUUCUACACCGAUGAAGGAAAUUUCGAUAUCGUCGGAAACAAUAUCCCAGUCUUCUUCAUUCAAGACGCAAUUCAAUUUCCCGACUUAAUCCACGCCGUCAAGCCCAGCGGCGAUAACGAGAUCCCCCAAGCAGCGACAGCUCAUGAUUCAGCAUGGGACUUCUUCAGCCAACAGCCUAGCUCGUUGCACACUCUCGUCUGGGCGAUGGCUGGUCACGGACUUCCUCGAUCUUUCCGGAAUGUCGACGGUUUCGGAGUUCACACCUUCCGCUUCGUCACUGACAGCGGUAAGUCGAAAUUAGUCAAGUUUCAUUGGAAGGGCCUCCAGGGUAAAGCCAGUUUGGUGUGGGAAGAGGCCCAGCAGAUUUCUGGCAAGAAUCCGGAUUUCUUGCGUCAGGAUCUGUGGGAUGCGAUUGAAGCUGAACGGUUCCCUGAAUGGGAGCUGGGCGUGCAAAUCAUGGACGAAGACGACCAACUCCGUUUCGGCUUCGACGUCCUCGACCCAACAAAGAUCAUUCCAGAGGAAUACGUUCCCGUCACUAGACUCGGCAAGAUGACUCUAAACCGCAAUCCCAAGAACUACUUUGCGGAAACCGAGCAAGUCAUGUUCCAACCAGGCCACAUAGUCCGAGGAAUCGACUUCAGCGACGACCCCUUACUCCAAGGUCGCCUAUUCUCCUACCUAGACACCCAACUAAACCGGCACAGCGGCCCCAACUUCGAACAACUCCCAAUAAACCAACCCCGAACACCAAUCCACAACAACAACCGCGACGGCGCAGGACAAAUGUUCAUCCCACUGAACAAAGACGCCUACAGCCCCAACACCUUAAACAAAGGCUCACCAAAACAAGCAAACCAAACAGUCGGCAAAGGAUUCUUCACAACCCCCUCUCGCACAGGUAACGGCAAACUCCAGCGCACGCGUAGCUCAACCUUCGAAGACGUCUGGUCUCAACCGCGUCUAUUCUGGAACAGUCUCGUGAAAGCGGAGAAACAAUUCGUCGUUGACGCAAUGCGAUUUGAAAAUUCAAUGGUUGUUUCCCAAGUCGUUAGGGAGAAUGUUAUUAUCCAAUUAAAUCGGAUAAGUAACGAUCUUGCCAAACGUGUUGCGGAAGCAAUUGGCGUUGAUGCACCGGCUCCAGACCCGAGUUUCUAUCACGACAACACGACGGCGAACAUUGGUGCCUUUGGUCAAAAAUUGAUUAAGCUUGAAGGACUUAAGGUUGGCGUUUUGGCUUCUGUGCAGAAUGCUUCGAGUCUUGAGGUUGGCACUUCGUUGGCGAAGGGUCUGAAGGAUGUUGGCGUUGAUGUCGUUGUUGUUGCGGAGAGACUGGGUGAUGGUGUUGAUCAGACUUAUUCUGGUUCGGACGCUAUUCAGUUUGAUGCUCUUGUUGUGGCUGGUGGUGCGGAGGGAUUGUUCAGUGCACGCUCGUUUACGGAGAAGCAGAAUAAGGCUUCGUCGCUUUAUCCUGCCGGACGACCGUUGGAUAUUCUUAUUGAUGCUUUCCGCUUUGGUAAGCCAGUUGGUGCGAUUGGGAAGGGUGUUGAUGCGCUCAAGGCUGCGCAGGUUUCGACUGAGCGGGAGGGUGUUUAUGUGGCGAAGGCUUUUGGGGAUGAGUUUGUCAAGGGUAUUAAGGAGGGUCUGAGGACGUUCAAGUUUUUGGAUCGGUUUGCUUUGGAUGCGUGA